ACAGCCGGCCAACUGCAGUGUGCCACCCAUUCGUUGGCAGAAUUAAUCAUUGUCUCGAUGUGUAAGGAGUAAGUAAAUGGGAAUGCUCAGAAGGAGGCAACGCAGAUAGCUAAUGUAACGGAGAAUACACAAUCCAUCCCCUCCACAGGAAAAGUGGUCCAGGUUAACAGCAUAGCCAGCUCCAUACGGACAGUGUCCUGUGAGACGGGAUCGUGCGAGGAUGCCUGCUUCUGCAGUAAGCAUGGUGCGGCUUGUUGCGCUGAUUUCAUCCCUGGCGAUGGUGGUCUACGGUUUUCCAACGCAAGCGACAACACCCGCGGUGGAUCAGGACAUCACCCAGACCAUCGAGGCUAAUUUGUCUCAGGGACACGCGAAACUGAACGACAUGUUCAGGGAAGUGGAAAAGCUGAUGGAAGACACGCAGCAUAAAUUGCAGGAGGCGGUGUACCAGAUGGACAAUGAGAGCGCCCGAUCGAUCCUGUACGUACAUGACCUUCCGCCAAAUUACCAGGAGGAGAGCAGCACGGACAGGACGGUGGGAAACCAAACCGUCCACACGGUAGAGAAGAUCAACAAGGUAACAGACAACAGAACAGGAGAGACCCACUUCUCCAGAACCGUGAUCCAGUCCAGUAGCCAAGAGAACAAGGUUCAUCAUGAGUGCAUCAUCGAUGAGGACUGCGAGAAGGGCCGCUACUGCCUCUACGAGACGCUGCGUUCCAGGUGCCUGCCCUGCAAGGCCCUUGACAUGCCCUGCACAAAGGACGAGGAAUGCUGUUCAGGCCAGCUGUGUGUGUGGGGCCAGUGCUCUGAGAACACCACCAAGGGGCAACCAGGCAGCAUCUGUCAAUACCAGAGUGACUGCAACACAGAGCUCUGCUGUGCUUUCCACAAAGCGCUGCUUUUCCCGGUGUGCACCACCACGCCCGUGGAGGGCGAGCACUGCCGUAGCCGACCCAGCCACCUGAUGGAGCUGCUGUCCUGGGACAUGGAGGGAGAGGGACCCCGUGAACACUGCCCUUGUGCCGGGGGGCUCCAGUGCCAGCCUCGCGGGCGUGGCUUCUUGUGUCUAAAACCACAGAACUCCUCCAGCGAAGAGGAUUUAACGGACACGCUCUAUUCUGAGAUAGAUUACAUCGUCUAACGCACGAAGCACGACCCCAAGCAGAUCGUAGAUUCUUAAACCCGGCACCCUCGGAUGAUUUCGCCAACUCCCCACCUGUAGAAUGUACUUGUUAAAUCACACCUCUGCCUUUCGAUUUGUGUGAAACAUGUUCCCCCAGAAGAACGCAUCCUGGCCCCCUUGCUGUUGCAGUUAUUGAAUGCCAAUGUGUACAGCGUGCUCGAGUGUCAAUGUCAUAAAACCCAAGGCUUCUGUUUACUGACCAAAAUUGUGCGCAUGAAUUCAGUAGUGAUCAUAACUGCUCUUCCUGUAGUUACUUACAAUCAGGAAUGUAACUUAUGAAAUCAAGGCUGCUUUGUAGUAAAUUAUUGUUAUUGUAAGUUGAUACAAAUCAGCGAGAAAAAACGUGUUGAAUGUGAGGCGCGGUUCUUGGAUGAUGGAAGAAUUGGAGCAUGUCUCACUGUGGAACCACAACCGAUGCUGCUAGCACGACAUCUUGCUGUGCCAAUAAAAUCUUCAAAGAGG